AUGCCCUCUCCAUCCUCCUCCUCAAGACGUCACCAUCGCCUCCGUUCGCCUUCUCCCGCGCCGGCGCCGUCGAGGCCGAGUCGUUCCACUUCCCGCUCUGGCAGAGAAGGGAAGAAGAAGGGGAAAGGGGAUAGUCGCCGACACCGCCUAAGCGAAGCGGGUGCUGCUCGCCUGCAACGGCGGCGGCGACGCCGUCUCGCGGGGGGUCGCCGUUGGCUUCGCCAGGCACGGCUGCAGGCUGGUCCUGGUGGGCGACGAGGGCGCCCUGGCCGCGACGGCGGAGGAGGCGCGGCCCAAGGGGCGGCGGCCAUCGUGGUGCUUGGGCUGGACUUGGCGGCCUGCGACGAGGCAGCCGUCGGCGCCGCGGUGGACGCGGCGUGGCGCUGCUUCGGGGACGGCGGGCUCCAUGCCCUUGUCAACUGCUGCUCCUUCGAGGGGGAAGUGCAAGAUUGCCUCAGCGUGACUGAAGAUGAGUACAACAAGACCAUGAAAGUCAAUGUAAUCACACCUUGGCUCCUGAUAAAGGCGAUAGCGAAGCGGUCCCGGGAUGCGCAGUCGGGCGGCUCCGUGGUUUGCUUGACCCAGAUCAUCGGCGCUGAGAAAGGAUUGUAUCCGGGGGCUGCGGCAUACGGCACAAGUUUAGGCGCCGUUCACCAGCUCGUCAGACUGUCGGCGAUGGAGCUCGGCAAGCACAAGAUCAGGGUGAACGCCGUCUGCCGCGGCCUCCACCUGGGGGACAAGUUCCCUCUCUCUGUUGGGGAGGAGAAGGCCGAGAAGGCGACCGGGGAGGUGAUGCCGCUGCGGCGGUGGCUGGACCCGGACAAGGACCUCGCUUCCACGGUGUUGUACCUGGUCGGCGACGACUCCCGCUUCAUGACAGGCACCACCAUCUAUGUCGACGGUGCACAGUCCAUUGUGCGCCCUCGCAUGCGUUCCUUCCUGUAGGUGGACCAAGCCGUAUCAAUGGCGUUCGGAGAGAACGGAGCAACCAACUACAUCCGCAUCCAGGGUAACGGCAUUACCGCCGGAGCGACGACGGAGGCGGCCAUGGCGGAGCGGGGGGUGGAGUCGGUCCUGUUCCGGGGGAAGAAGCUGAUGCCGCAGACCAACGACGAGCGGCUGGACGGCGUGGUGGAGCAGCUGGUGCGGGAUCCUCCGUGAUUCGGCCAUUGCCAUUCUCCACGGAUCUGGCCGUGGCCACAACCGACGCUGUCGGUUCCAUGGAGGAGCUCACCCCGGCCUUCUCCUCGUUUUCCUCCAUGGUCGGGUCUCCUGGUGGAGGUGCCGAUGCUGCCGGUUCCACAACGCAAGAGCCCGUGGCAACGCGGCAAACUGAAGUUGUUCGCCGGCGUCGCACAGGGCGUCUUUGGCGUCGCAGGAAACCCUACCUUGGGGUUGGCAUAGGGCAUCUCUGGCGUCGUAUGAAACCCCACCGCGGGGCUGGUGCAGGGAGUGGCCGACCAUCCCACCCUGCUGAAGCCGCAGGGCGUCUCUGCCAAGUCCAUGGUUGGCGAGUCCAAGGCCGUCUCUAUCCAGGCCUCCGUGGUUGAGGCGAACUGCACUAACAUCGAUGUCUGCCCUGAACUGUUUGCAUCUAAAAGCUCUUGUGACGAUGGAAAGUCUACCUCCAAGGGACCAAAAAAGAAAAUCGGUCCUAAAAGAUCGUAAGUUGAUCACUAGAUCCAUAUACACGUCUGAUAUCGUGCUGUGUCCAUCUGUUCAUCGUUUCAUGAUCUGGUCCAUGGUUUCUGUAUUUGCAGUUCGCUUGACACAUCUACUCACGAUGACAGUGAAGUAUAUCAAGCUGGUGCUAAAAGAAGGACUCUUAACCCCUCUAUUCCUCAUAAGGAGAGCUUGGAGUCUGAAGAUUUUUCUGCAAAGUAGGUUUCCCUUUGGCUCUAAUUCAUGAUAUUUGGUAACUUGUUGUUGUUGUAGUUAUAUUGAUAACCUGGUGAUUUCAGAUACCAACAAAAAUUUAUUUGCCUAUAUUACGGUUGCAGAAGUCCUUGUGGAUAUCCUAUACAGUAUAAAUAUGAACCACCACUUGGUGGAUCGCUGCUGUUUAGAGCUCUGCUCUGUUAAUGCUACUUUGAGUCUAGAUGGCAUUAACUACAGAGAAGGGAUCUAGCUAGGUUUGCAAUGGCAUGUGUACUAACGAAUCAUUUUAGUCUCAGGUUUUCCCUGCAAAACUGAAGUUCAUGUCUCAUGUUUGGAUUAAUCACGGUGUAGUCUGAUGGUAAUUUGUCUACUUAGUGCAGUUUAUGUAUUCUUCCACAACUUCAUUUAAUGCUUUCAGAGUUAAAGUUUUGGGGAUAGUUUGGAUGUUAUACCCAAGGCAUUAUAAUUGCUCUAUAUUAUUCUUAAUUUCAUAUAUCAUCACCUUAGACUACUCGAACUGUCGGCCAUGCUUUGUGAUCAUGUGCGACGAGCAUAUUGUUCGGUGCUGCUAUUUUCCAUUCGCUGCUGGGUUGCUUCUACUCUCCACCAAUCUGUCAAGUAGCAAAGAGUAGGUUUGACCUCAAUUUCGAUGCAGACAUGGAUUGGGAUGUGAUGCAUGUACUUGCUAAUUAAGGGAUUUGGAUCUUGCCCUCAAUUAGAGUUCCCAAUCUCAACGAAGUGGGGUUUACGAAUUUUAUUAUUUUUUAGCUUGAAUGGACUGUAGCUUCGCUUAAUUGACUGACAGUUGUAUUUGACUGCAUAACUGGAUUAAUUGAUUUCAUGGCAGAUGCCGGUUUUGACCUUGGUUGAUCAUGCUUUGUUCCUUGUUUGGCCUGCAACAUAUUUUCUAUGCAUUCGCAGAAAUGGUUUAUCUUGGACAUGAUUCUCAAAGAAGAUACAGAUGUGCAUGCUUCAUAUCUUCUACACGCUUAUGCAAAGCAGGAUUUUAUUCAUAUUUUGAUGAGCUUAAUUUCUUAUGCUAAUGUUUGCUUCCGCCUGAAGGAUACAUAUGGUAUGUUUUGUGAGCGGUGGGUAUGGAUGAGGUGAGUGCGUCUGUUAGUGCAUCAUUUUUGUUGGAUACUUUAAUCUGUUAAGGUUGGUAUAUAUUGAGUGUUGAUGAUGACAUGUUUAUUUUGAUUGGCGUGGUUGCCUCAAAGUAAUGCCCUGCUACUCCUUGGGGGGCGUGAGUGAAGAUUUAUGCCUUAAGCAUAGGAAUGAGGGAGUAGGUAUCCAACAGAAUAGGCGAUGAUGCUAGGAGAAAAAGAAGACUUUGAUCUGGUUCUUCAAAGAGGUACAUCAAGGAACAAGUACAUGGUGCUACUCGAUGGUCAGCCAGAUUCUGACUAUUAUUUUGGGAUGCCAAAGAGAUAGCACAUGAUGUUCGACCGCUGGGGAAUUGAAGUAUAGUGCUUACCAAUAUACUGGCAUGUAUUUUUUUCUAAAGGAUAUAGUGGUUUCCUUUAGUUGAAAUACAUAAAAUUUUCACCCCCAAUGAUUCAACAAGAGUUGUUCAUUAAAAGUGUGUGGUCUCUUUCUUCAUCAAGAAUUGAAAUAUCUGUGCUAUUAUAACUCCAUGGAGAGCAAUAAUAUAAUUUUCACAAGGGGUGACCUUUAUUGGCUAA